UUUUGUUGAUUUGGUGCAUGUUUUAAUUUGAAAAUAUUUGUGUCCUUCAUUUUUUUUUUUUUUUUUUGAAGUAAUUUGUGUCCUUCAUUUGUGGCAUUAAAAUAAUUUUUUUCUUGAUUUAGUUUUGCAAUAGUUAUUGAUAUGUAAUUUUUGUUGAUUUAGUUUUACAAUAAUUAUAGUUUUACAAUAAUUAUAGUUUAGCAUUAAAGUAAGUUUGUUGUUGCUAUGUAUUGUUAUUGUUAUGUAAAUUUGGUUUGGUUUGUAUUGGUUUUUGCUGCUGUUGUUGUUAUGUAUUAUGGUUGUUUACUUAAAUUGUUGUUAUUGUUAUUGUAAUUGUUUUUUUAUUGGGUUGUCGUUGUUGCGUUUAAAUUUUGGCAGUUUUGUGGUUAAUUAUAGUUUUGAUUUGGUCUGUUAUUGUGUUGAAAUUAUUUGUAGUGUGUUAGUGUGUUGUUAUUGUUAGUAGUGUAUUAGUAUUGUAAGAAUAAUAUUAUUGUUAUUAUUUGUAAUGCUGUUAUUAUUGUUUAUUUGAUUUGAUUUAUUAUAGUUUUGAUUUGAUUUUUUUGACUAUGAAUUAUUAUUGAAAUAUUCCUCGUGCGUCCGCCUGGGAUGUUGGAUCGGGGUGCCCUAACAAGAGCAUGGAGCGCCUUCUCGCUUUUCGGGCUAGGUUGGAUCAUUUGACUGACAAUGAAGUUAACUGGCUACCGUACGGAGUUGAUCCAGCACGACGCGUGCCUGCUACUCUUUUCAUUGGCUGCAUCCAGUAUCGUAGCAUCAUUGAGCCAUACAUGCCUGAUCGAGUGGUUCGGCAACCUGGAUACGUCCAGGGCAUUCCACCAGCCAUUAUCAGGCCUGAGAAGGCUAAGAGACCGACGAACUUGAAGAUGUAUCGGGUUGACUUUCCGCCAGAGAUGACAUCUGUGACGUGGACUCGGUUUGUCCCUGGUAUGUCUUUUAGUGUCGUGGUAGGUGCCCUCAGCAGACUUGGUGGUGGUGCUCCUACAGUCGGUCCUGGUUACAUGCAGUGGCUGUACCGAUUUUCUCAUCCACGUGUUUCUCCAGUUGCGUCAUCACAUGAGAGUCGCACACUGCCAGAGAGAACUAACACGGAUUACUGGAUGGGUCGGUCUAUGGAGGUCAUCAACAGGAUCCUGGAGGAGUAUCCGAGCCUAUCGCGUGAUACAAGAGCAAUGGCUGAGGCGCUACGAGCUGAUUGGAGGGCGAUGAUGGGGUUGUGAACUUCCUUUUUUUUUUAUUUCCCUUGUACGCAUUUCAUUUAUGUACUAUUUAUUCGUCACGUACUUUAAGUAUUGAACAACUGUUUUGGUGGUUUUGUAAAUAUUUUGUUUAAUUAAGUUCAAUUCGUUGCAAAUUACAUAACGACAACUGUUUAACAUAAAUGAAAGUACAACAACAUGUUCACUAUCUAAUUAAAGCUCAACCCACUAAAUGAAAGUACAACAACAUGUUCACUAUCUAAUUCGCAUUCGGGCUCAACCCACUAAUUUUACGAUGACCCUCUGGAUACGCAAUCAUUGGAUGGUUGUGGGUCCCAGUUACAUCAUCUUUCGCCCGGAUAAACCAAGUAUUGGUGACGAACUCGUAACAUAUCUUGAUGUAGAAAGGACAACCAAUGCCCUUGGUUUUGGUGUCCUUCCGAAUUGCGUUCUCAAGAUCUCUCGGCUUACUCCUGCGUCCCCGGUCACAUCUUAAAUAUCGAACUGGUCGACCAUCCCUCUGUUUGUUGAAAGACGAUUUCACCAAAAUAAAUCCCAGAUUUAUUGCAACAACAUCCGCCCAUGUAACUGCAUCGUCAAACGUUAGAAAAACCGUGUCUGUCACAAAAUGUGCACUGUAAUUCACAACGUCACCGUCGUCUUCAACCUCCGAAUCCUAUCAAAAUAACAAUACAAACAAAUAAAACACGCAAGGAUUACUAUUUUAAAUUUAACAAUAAU